AUGGCCAACUACAAUAGACGCAAGAAACCCGAAACGGUAUUUCUGAAUGUCAAGCCAAUUAAUGCGGCCAAUACGCAGAGCUAUUUACAUGGAAUGCGGAAGUAUUCUAUCGGAAUGGCAGAGUGCUUGGAUAAUGACAAUAGAGCACCGGCACUGGGUGACGAAAAACGUUUUUCUGUUGCCACGGUUGGCUCACAGAUUCAUGAGUUUACGCCGAGUGUCUUUUAUCGGAAUAUUGCGCCUGUAAAUUGGUUUCUGCUCCUAAUUGGAGCUCUGCCCAUGGUCCGAAGUGGUCCCGGACGUGCUAGACUGGAAUUGAAGUCCGUAGCAUUUCUCUAUUCGAUUAUAUUCUUCAUUUUUCUUUCGUGCUACGUCGCCUAUGUGGCCUAUCAUCGCAUAGAAACUGUGCGCUCGCUGAGCGGUCCCUUUGAGGAGGCUGUCAUUGCUUACCUCUUUCUGGUCAACAUCUUGCCCAUUGUAAUGAUCCCAGUGCUGUGGUGGGAGACAGACAAGGUGGCCAAACUCUUUAAUGACUGGGAUGACUUCGAGGUGCUCUAUUACCAAACUUGUGGUCACAGUUUGCCGCUGCAUCUGCGCGAGAAGGCCUUAUGGAUUUCCAUAAUACUACCCAUCCUAUCGGUGCUUUCGGUAAUCGUCAUACACACCACCAUGGUCGAUUUGAAUUUGAUGCAGGUGGUUCCCUAUUGUAUACUGGAUAACGUUACCGCCAUGAUUGGUGCCUGGUGGUAUCUGAUAUGCCAGGCUCUGAGCAUAACUGCCAAUUUUCUGGCCCUGCGUUUCCAAAAGGCCUUGAGACAUAUUGGUCCGGCCUCCAUGGUAGCAGACUAUCGCGCCCUGUGGCUGCGCUUGAGCAAAUUGACUCGAGAUACUGGCACUGCCACCUGCUAUACCUUAAUGUUCAUGAGUCUCUAUCUAUUCUUCAUCAUUACGCUUUCGAUUUACGGACUCAUGUCGCAAAUGUCGGCCGGUCUCGGCAUCAAGGAUAUUGGAUUAUUAAUUACGGCAAUGUGGAACGUUUGUCUGCUAUUCUAUAUCUGCGACGAAGCCUAUUAUGCCUCGGCAAAUGUGCGUACAAAUUUUCAGAAAAAAUUACUAAUGGUCGAACUAAAUUGGAUGAAUUCCGAUGCCCAAACCGAGAUAAAUAUGUUCCUGCGCGCCACGGAAAUGGAUCCAUCGAACAUUAACUGUGGUGGCUUCUUCGACAUUAACCGAAAUCUGUUCAAGGGUCUGCUAACGACAAUGGUCACCUAUCUGGUCGUGCUGCUGCAAUUCCAGAUAAGCAUUCCAACAGACACUAGUGGUGAUGACAACAUGAACAUAACCCUGGCUGAUGCCCUGAUGGAUAGUCUGCACAACGAUAUGACACUGUUGGGCUCCAGCUCGACCACGGCAGCAACAACAACUGCAGCCCCAACGGUGCGCACCACAGUCCGAAAUACACGUGGUCGUAAGGGUUAA